AUGCAACGACUGGCUAUCAUCUUAAAUGCUAAAAAUCAAGUCCUUGCUGAAGCAUUAUGUGUUUUUUUUGCCUCUCAAAUGUGCAUUCAACCAUGCAUACAAGAUAAGAAAGCACAAAAUAAAAAGCAUUUUAUUAGAUUUUUAUUAACUACAAGCAGAAGUCAGUUGCUUAGCCUUAAAAAUCCUCCAAUGAUUAUUAACAUUAAAAACAAUUCCAAAUUGAACUAUUCGAGGUCGAUUUGCCUGCCAGGCUAUUGGUUGGUUAAUCCUCUUCAAGAAAGAGCACAUUUAAGCACAUGUACUCCUAAUUUCCCUGGAAAAUUCACAAUAUUAGUUUUACGUGAAACAGUAUUUGGGUGUUCUAUGCACGUCAAAUCGGAAAAUAAAGUCGAUAAAAUCAAUAAGUGGUUGAUUUUGGCAGGCUUCGGUGAACAACUGUCAAUAACCAACAUGGAUUUGGAUAAUCAAUUGAAGGAUCCAGCUAAUCAAAAGCAAUCCUUCCUUGGUAGCACAUAUGAUUUAAUGCAUGGCCAGAUUGCAUGUCAGACAAAUGUAGUUAUGGCCACCACUUACCUUGAAAAUACACAAAGACGCUUUUUUCCAGACUCCAAAGGAAUAAAAUGGAAAGUUUUUCCACCAGAAGUGCAUUGCUUGAAAGUUUUUAUUGGGUCCGAAGAAAUGAACAAAAAACAGUUUUUUUAG